AUGGACGCGAAUGGCGGCAUGGCGACGUCCAUGCAAAGCUACUUCGACAAUGUUAAUGACGAUCAGAGAACUGCGCUUCAAUUCGCAUUCUAUAAUGUUUUACUGUUCGUGUUGCUUGGAAUUGCUUUGUGUGGAAUGUUUGCCCUCUACAACAUGAUGUACAUGUUCUUAGCUCCCCUCAUGUGGGCGGUGCUUGUUGGAACUGUCCUUUUUCCAUUCAAAAAGAAGGUUGCGGAAAUUGUCAAAAAUUACCUACGAGGUCUUAAGGAGUCAAAAAAGACGCUGGCUUCUGCCAUUUUAACAUCACCAAUUUCAUGCUUCUCAUAUAUUUCCGAGCUUAUCUAUUCAACUCUUGCCAGCUCAACUGGGGCCGUAAUUGCUCUUUCAUAUUUUCUUCUCAAGGUGCUAUGCUAUCAACGAACAUUCGUAUACUUGAUCAGUUGGAUUGGUCGCGUUUACGGAUGGCUGGAUGCAUUCAUCGUUUUCUUUGCAAAACCUUGGGUUCUCCCGUUAAUUGUCGUUUAUUUCUGUGCAUAUGCCACGUGGAUUUACGUGCAAGAACCAAAACAGAUUAAUAAGAAACUUGCUCGUAGUCUCUCACUUCCGAUUUGGAUCUACGUAAUUUCCUAUGCUUCUCUAUAUUUCGGACCAUUCCGUGCGUUUGCUUUUGGAAUCUCUGCUGCAGUUCUCGGAGCACUUUCAGCUGGUGCUUUUCGAGUUGAACCGGAAACACCACCUGCUAUACCGGAAGAUUCUGAACCGUCUGGUGAUGCUGAAGUAGAUGCUUUAGUACAAUCCGCGAAGGAAAAAUUGGAUGCUCAACUUGAGGAAAUCGCGGAAAAAGCUUCUCAUGACUCAACGUCUACUGUAAGCGAAGCUGUAACCGGUGAUCGUCUCAUUCAGAUCGUUUUCGGACUCUGUGCCCUUUUAUGGAUCGUCCGUCAUGAUUCGGCUCUAAUCCUUCUAUCAAUUCCAUUCUUCCUCGCCGUAGUUGCAAAAGCUGCUGAACAUCUUGGAAUCACCGCAGCCAUUCGCAACUUUAUUGAUUCCGCUUGGGAAAAACUUUGCCCUACCGUAACCAAGAUAGUGGAAAUCACGGUCGCUGGUCCAUUAAGACAGUUUGUUAAGGUGUUGUUCACAUCAGAUCAAAUGAUUGUUUCUUCACUUCACGAUAAAAUGGACGUAUUGUCGUCAGUCAUUGUGAUGCUGCUUCUUGCGUUUUCAGUUUUGUGUUCUUUGAUUUUUGUCGGAUUCCAAAUGCACAGCGAAACUGUUCAUUUGGCUCGAUUGACAUCGAAUGUAAUUUCAUCGCGACCUGAUUGGGUUGCAGCCGCAAUGAAUUACACUGAGGAUCAACUCGAAGAAAAUAAUAUCGACAUUGAUGAUUAUAUUCAACAAGGAUAUGAACAAGGAAGAGCUUGGCUUGCUUCGAAUGUUCGCAGUCUUGCAAAUGCGAAAGACACGAAACGGGCUGAUAUGCUCGAGGAACAAGUCAAACAAGUUGUAGAUCAAUUGUAUAGAAUGUGGGAGGAAAGGAAUAGUGAUGCUCAAGCUGUCGAAUCUGUCUCACGUGGUGAUUGGCUGACUCAACUGAAAGGAGUCACCGACUUGGCUGCUCUGAAAGAUGAGCUCACGUUAAUUGUCAAAGAAAACUUGGAUACUUUAAUGGGGAUUGCUCGAUCGAUUGGAGCUGUUUUGGCUGUCAACGUAUCAUUUUUGACAUCGCUUCUAACCGCAUUUGCUGGAAUCAUUUUAAGCUUUGGAAUGGAACUUCUUAACACUUUCAUUGAAUGUAUUGUCUUUCUCACUAUGGUCUACUACCUUCUGUCGGCUUCUCGCGAUCGUUGGCUUCCACUUCAAUGGGCAUCAGAUCUCUCCGCGACAACUUCAAUUGAUAAAAACUCUCAGCAGCAACAUCAAAUCACUCAGGCGAUCGAACAUGCUAUUUUCGGCGUGUUCGUGCUUUCCGCAAAAAUGGCAGUAUUCUAUGGAUUGUAUACAUAUUUUGUGCACAGCUUAUUCGAUUUGAACAUUGUUUUCGUACCAUCGAUGGCUGCUUCUCUUUUUGCUGCCAUUCCAAUAAUGCCUCCAUAUAUUGUCGCUAUUUUCGGUAUCUUCGAAUUAUAUUUGGUUCGCGGAGAAGGUGCAGCAGCGCUCGUUUUCGCUUUGGCUUCAUUCGCUCCCCAAAUGUUCGCCGACGCGACAUUCUACCGAGAAGUCAAAGGCUCGCAUCCGUAUGUGACCGGCCUCGCCAUCAUCGGAGGGAUGUAUUGGCUUGGAUUACAAGGUGCCAUCAUCGGGCCAAUCAUUCUCUGCCUGUGCCUUGUCUUGGUCAAUGUUUACCUUCAGCACGUCAAACCGAAUGCACUCUACACCACGUCUGUAUCUACCGUAGCUUCUCCACGAUCCGACAAGAAGCAUCAAUAA